AUGAAGCUCUUGAACGCCUUCCUCAUCGCCGCUGUCUCUGCCCGACAUUGCGCUCGAUCCUUCUCCGGCAAUCCAGCCCUCGCUGGUACCUUCGUCGAGGCCCAGAAUGCCUACCUCGCUUCCCUCGAAGAGGGCGAAGCUGAGGAGCAGGAGGAGCCAAUGAAGAAGAAGAACAAGAACAAGAAGGAACUCCGAAAGGCUGAAAAGAAGGAGAACCGACAGGAAAACCGAAAGGAGAACCGACAAGAAGAGCGACAAGAAGAGCGAAAGGAAAAGCGACAGGAGGAGCGAAAGAACAAGAAGAACAACAGGGACGGUGACAAGAAGGAGAAGAAGAACAACAGGAAUGGAGAGAAGAACAAGAACAAGAAGGGCAAGAACAAGAAGAACUAA